AUGCCCGAUGGCAACAUCCUCCACCGCCCGGCUGUCUCACCGCCGCCGACCCCCGAGCACGCGCCCAAGCACGUUUCGAAGCCGCACUGGGAGCUGCAUGUGUCGCGGCGCGAGCGAAUUCUGCGCGAGCACCCGUCCGUGCGCGAGCUGUACGGCGUCGACCCGCGCACCCAGUUCUAUGCCUACGCGUGCAUCCUCUGCCAGAUGACCCUGGCCUACCUCUCUCGCGAUUCGUACGUCGUCGCCAUCGUGUGCGGCAUCUGUUUUGGACCCUACGUCAAUGCCGGCGUCCUCUGCUUCAUGCACGAGGCCACGCACAUGCUCGUGUUUCGCAACCCCGUCUACAACCGCCUCCUCUCCAUCGCCACCAACGUCGCCAUGAUCGUCCCGAUCAGCGAGAUCUUCCGCCAGCACCACAGCAAGCACCAUCGCAACCUGGGGAACGACGAGUUUGACGUCGACGUCCCGACCGACUACGAAAUCAGCCUCGUGGGGAAUAGCCCCUUGCGCAAGGCCCUCUGGCUCAUGUUCAACAUGAUCAUCCUCCCGACCCGCUCCAUGAUGCGCCUGCCGGUCAUCGUGGACCGCUUCCUCGUCCUCAACUGGGUCGCGUGCAUCUCGUUUGGUUUGUCAUCAUUCUUGUACUCGCGCUCCACUUUCCUGUUCUUCGUCCUGUCGCUGCUCAACUCGCAGGGUUUGCACCCCGCAAACACACGCCAGGUCCAGCGCCACAUCUACAACGGAGACAAGAACAUGCGCACCACCGACGACCGCCCCACCACUUACUCGUACUACGGUAUCGGCAAUUGGGUCACGCUCAACGUCGGCUACCAUGUCGAACACCACGACUUCAAUCGCAUCCCGUGGACACGCCUGCCCGAGCUCAGACGCAUUGCAGGCGACAAAUGGUACCCGGAUGAGACCGCGUACCACGGACGCGGUAUUCCCGAACUGCUUAACUUUGUUAUGAAUCCUAACAUCUCAUUAGCUGAUUUUGCACAGUGA